UCCAGUCGCUGCCUAGCCUCCCGUGCGAGAGCCCGAGCUCUCUUCCCAGAGUUCCCUGCGCCGUGAAGAAGCGGCUCCCGGGGACUGGGGGCAUUUUGUGUGGGCUGGAGCCGGAGUAACAAGAUGGCGGCGUCGGCGGAGUGACAGGGGUCCCUCCGGGCGGGAGCCGGCGGCAGUGGUGGCAGCGGUAUCGCCGCCCUAACUCACCGCACCCCUUUCCAGCUCGCGACGUCGCUGCGAAAGCGAGGCGGCGGCGACCACCCAGAAACAAGUGGCCCAGCCUGGGAGCCGCGAGAAUCCCCUCAAAAGUCCGGCCUGGCAGAAAGAAGUCAGAUUGAGCGGCGGUGCUUGGGUGCUCCUGGGCGGAUUCUGGGCCUUGUCACGUCGAGAAGGAGCUAGCUUUCAGCUUCCUGCCUCCCUCCUCCGCUGUCUCGCUCCGUGGACCAGCCCUAGAGGCCGCGGUCUCCCCUUCGAGGAGUCGGGGCUUGGCCCCAGCCUCCAUCUUCGCUCUCAGGAUGGCGAGCAGCAGCGGCUCUAAGGCCGAAUUCAUUGUCGGAGGGAAAUAUAAACUAGUACGGAAGAUCGGGUCUGGCUCCUUCGGGGACAUUUAUUUGGCGAUCAACAUCACCAACGGCGAGGAAGUGGCAGUGAAACUAGAAUCUCAGAAGGCCAGGCAUCCCCAGUUGCUGUACGAGAGCAAACUCUAUAAGAUUCUUCAAGGUGGGGUUGGCAUCCCCCACAUACGGUGGUAUGGUCAGGAAAAAGACUACAAUGUGCUAGUCAUGGAUCUUCUUGGACCCAGCCUCGAAGACCUCUUCAAUUUCUGUUCAAGAAGGUUCACAAUGAAAACUGUACUUAUGUUAGCUGACCAGAUGAUCAGUAGAAUUGAAUAUGUGCAUACAAAGAAUUUUAUACACAGAGACAUUAAACCAGAUAACUUCCUAAUGGGUAUUGGGCGUCACUGUAAUAAGUGUUUAGAAUCUCCAGUGGGGAAGAGGAAAAGAAGCAUGACUGUUAGUACUUCUCAGGACCCAUCUUUCUCAGGAUUAAACCAGUUAUUCCUUAUUGACUUUGGUUUGGCCAAAAAGUACAGAGACAACAGGACAAGGCAACACAUACCAUACAGAGAAGAUAAAAAUCUCACUGGCACUGCCCGGUAUGCUAGCAUCAAUGCACAUCUUGGUAUUGAGCAGAGUCGCCGGGAUGACAUGGAAUCAUUAGGAUAUGUUUUGAUGUAUUUUAAUAGAACCAGCCUGCCGUGGCAAGGACUAAAGGCUGCCACAAAAAAACAAAAAUAUGAAAAGAUUAGUGAAAAGAAGAUGUCCACUCCUGUUGAAGUUUUAUGUAAGGGUUUUCCUGCAGAAUUCGCCAUGUACUUAAACUAUUGUCGUGGACUGCGCUUUGAGGAAGCCCCAGAUUACAUGUAUCUGAGGCAGCUAUUCCGCAUUCUUUUCAGGACCCUAAACCACCAAUAUGACUACACAUUCGAUUGGACAAUGUUAAAGCAGAAAGCAGCACAGCAGGCAGCCUCUUCAAGUGGGCAGGGUCAGCAGGCCCAAACCCCCACAGGUUUCUAAGCAUGAGUGAGGAACAGAAGAAGCAGAGCAGAUGAUCGGAGCAGCCUUUGUUUCUCCCCAAAUCUAGAAAUUUUAGUUCAUAUGUACACUAGCCAGUGGUUGUGGACAACCAUUUACUUGAUGUAAAGAACUUAUUUCAGUAUAAACUGGCUCUGGGCAGCAUUGGCGAUGCUGUGUCCUGAGUUGUAGCGCUGUAAUUGUGAAUAUUAACUGAGAUAGUGAAACAUGGUGUCCAGUUUUCUAUUGCAUUUUUUCAAGUGGAAAAGUUAACUAAAUGGUUGACACACAAAUUGGUGGAGAAAUUGUGCAUAUGCCAAUUUUUUGUUAAAACCUUUUAUUUUGAACUAUACUGCUUUGAGAUCUUAUUUCAGAAGAACGGCAUGAACAGUCUUCGGCCACAGUUGUGACGGUUGUAAAUGCUCACAAUUGUGCGUCUUAGGGUUUAUCCAUCCCUGGGGUUUGCAAGUUGUUCACUUAAAACAUUCUUUAAAUGGUUGGCUUCUUAUUUGUAAGCCAGCUGAUAUGGUAGCAACCAAAGAUUCCAGUGUUUGAGCAUAUGAAAGACUCUGCCUGCUUACCUGUGCUAGAAAUAACAGCAUCUAAAGUGAAGACUUAAGAAAAACUUAGCGACUACUAGAUUAUCCUUAGGACUCUGCAUUAACUCUAUAAUGUUCUUGGUAUUAAAAACAAAAGCAUAUUUGUCACAAAUUUAGUUAACAUCUUACAACUGAAUAUGUAUGUAUGUUGCUUAGAUAAAUGUAAUCACUGUAAACAUCUAUAUGAUCUGGGAUUUUGUUUUUAUUUUGAAAUGGGAACUUUUUUGUUUACAAGUUCAUUAAAAACUAAAAACUGUUUCUGUAAGGAAAUGAGAUUUUUUUUUAAACAACAAAAAUGCCUUGCUGACUCACUGAAAUCAAAAUUGCCCCAGUUUUUUAAUAGACUACUUCAAGCCAUUUGUUACAUAUGAUUCCUUUGCAAAUCAUUUUAGAUUUAGUGUUUUGACUUGUCCAUUUUUUAUUUAAAGAGUUGUGGUUUUUUGUUGUUGUUGUUGUUGUUGUUUUCAUCCUAAGGGGAAAGGCAUUCUGUGAUUUUUUUUUUAAUGACUUGUAGGUACAAUACCUGGAACUGCAGAUGCCAAGACUUGGUAUUGUAAUUCUUACCACUGCAGACUAACCGCUGGACUGAUUUUGAAUAAGAAUGAAAGCUUUAAAGGGUUUGACUAUAAAAUGAAGUUUUUCUUCAAAUUCCUAGUUAAUUGGCUUUGAACAUAUUUCCUUAUCCAGAGAACAUCACACCACUUGAGUUUUAAUUUGAGGGUGAACCCUCCCCACUUCACCCAUUUCUGUUCUAUAAUUUGUCAGAGCUUCCCCUCUCAAUUUUAAAUGCACCUUUUCUUUUUUUGAUCUAAGAGGAAGAUAAGCUUAUUGACAAUAAGUCCCCUGGAGUAGUAUAAUUUAUUCAUUUAUAACAUGUCAGGAUAAAUUUAAAAGAACCUCUGUCUGAAAAUGCUGCCGGAGCCUAUUGUGUAAAUGUAGGUAUUUUGUAAAAUAACCUUGAAACUGUAAAUUGACACGUUUGGUUCAGAUAGUGUCCAGUUUGAUUUUUUUUUUUUUAAUCUGAAGCCUACUUUAGCAAUAAUUAAUUCCAUGAUUACCACAAUCUGCCAUUAAAGGAUAUAUUCUCAUCCGUCAUACUGCAGAAAUCUUAAUGAGUAUGAAUAUUGGGGGUAGGCAGCUUCUUUGUUUCUUUUCUAUCCACUCAUGUCAGUUAAGGUAUUUGUUUCUUGACUAAUAAACCCUUUGAUACUUUUAGCCAGAAAUCAGUCUCAUAAAGCUAUUUUUGAGUAUAGUUUGUGUAAAAUAAAAACGUUUGGCUUUGGUAAUAACUUUUCCAAGCUGAACUCCCUCUAGCAAGAUAUUUUUCAGUGCUUUUAUUUACUAUGCACUUAGACUAUGCACUUUUUCUGAAAUAUUUUUGUAACACUUAACUUUUUUGUAUUUUUGCCAUUUGAAAAGGUUGUGGUGUAGUUGGUCUGUAAUUCAGUUGCAGAUUUAAAACUGUUAGCUUUGUAAAUCAAAAUAGGUGUUCUUGUCGUGUGGUAUAUCUUCAUCUGCAGCUGGAGCUGGAAUCCCAUUGAUCUUCUAGCUACCAUUCAUUUUCUUCACAGUUCACAAAAGAAGAAUGAAAUUGAGUGAAUGAUGUUACUAAUCCUGUCGGGAGAUGAAUCUCAUUCCACCAAAAUUAAAUUAUGUUUUUCCACUAAAAUGAUGACACAAGUUGAAGACAUCACUGAAAUUGGAAGACCUCACCACUUUAAGGCUCCACAGUGGCUUACUCAGCUGAACUCUAGGUUACUUAACUACUCUUUACUUUGUUCACCCAUUGGGGGGUGCAGUUUUUUUAAAUGUUGGGAGAUGGCCAUUCUAACUACUGUUGAAUGUCUGUUUUGGGAAGGUAUAUCAAGAAAAUAAAAAAGAAUAUAUAUGAAGGGAGAGACUGGUUAUCUCCUCCCAUAUGGUUGUGCUCAUGCUCUUAUGGCCUACAAAUGGGAUUUUUGGAGGUUUGCUUUUACUAAUACUAAGUUUUUUUCUGUGUCUACUAGUCCUUGCAGUUUUGUUAAAUGUUUCAAGCAGAGUAUAUGUAAACAAUUACAAACUUAAUUCCAUUGUAAUAAAAAGUCCCAAACAAGGAUUUUAUAACCCAC